AUCGGGAAUUACAGUUGGGGUGAAGAUAACAGCGCGCGGGGGAAAUUCGACCGAUCGCUCACCCUCCCACUCGGUCCGUCGCAACAAACAGCCAUGGCGUGGGAUCACCUGGAUAUCGACAAGCCGCAUCUGGCGUAUAUGAUCUUGGGCGGCUUCACCAGUCUGUUCAUGUUGUGCUCGCUGUUCGUCAAGGAAAAGCUAUACAUCGGCGAGGCUACCGUCGCUACGCUCUGCGGCAUCAUCUUCGGCCCUCAUGCCGCCAAUCUGUUUAAUCCCUUAUCGUGGGGCAAUGUCGACAAAAUCACCCUCGAGUGCUCGCGCAUCGUCCUGGUCGUCCAGUGCUUUGCCGUCGGUGUCGAAUUGCCCAAAGCCUACAUGGAACGUCAUUGGAAAUCCGUCUUUCUGCUGCUGGUGCCCGUCAUGACGUGGGGCUGGCUGGUCACCAGUCUGUUCGUCUGGUGGAUGGUUCCGCCCCUCUCGUGGCUGGAGAGCCUCGUCUGCGCCGCCUGCGUGACCGCGACCGAUCCCGUCCUGGCAUCGUCCGUCGUCGGUAAGGGUAAAUUCGCGCGACGAGUGCCGAAGCAUUUGCGAGACUUGCUGUCCGCCGAGUCGGGCUGCAAUGACGGCAUGGCGUUUCCCUUCAUUUACCUCGGUUUCUACAUCUACCGUUACCGCCCCGACGCCGGGGAGGUGGCGCUGAACUGGUUCUGUGUGACCAUCCUAUACGAGUGCAUAUUCGGUGCUGUGUACGGGUUUAUCAUCGGCUAUGUGGCGCGGCACGCCAUCAAGUGGGCCGAGAGAAAUCAGCUGGUGGACCGCGAGAGUUUCCUGGUGUUCUACUUCGUGCUCGCGGUCUUCUGCGCCGGCUCUGGCAGUCUUCUGGGCAUGGAUGAUUUACUGAUCGGCUUUUCCGCCGGCGUCGGCUUCAGUAAUGAUGGGUGGUUUACGGAAAAAACUGAGGAGUCGCAUGUGUCCAACGUCAUCGAUCUGUUGCUCAACUUGGCCUAUUUUGUGUACUUCGGGGCCAUCAUUCCUUGGGAGCAGUACAACAACCCCAGCAUUGGCCUCGUGCCCUGGAGGCUGGUCGUCAUCGCGCUUCUGGUGAUUUUCUUCCGGCGCAUUCCGGUGAUGCUACUUCUCAAACCCAUCAUACCAGACGUGAAAACGUGGCGCGAGGCGCUUUUCGCGGGCCACUUCGGACCCAUCGGUGUCGGCGCGAUCUUUGCUUCGAUCCUGGCCCGUGCUGAACUGGAAAAUGACAGCACCGAGCCUAUGUCGCAGUCGGAACUGCCAGGGCCUGGUAGUCCGAACUAUUACAUUAUACAGCUUAUAUGGCCCAUCACUACCUUCAUGGUCAUCUCCUCCAUUCUGGUCCACGGCUCAUCGAUUGCCGUCUUUACCCUCGGAAAGCGCAUCAACACCCUCACCAUCACCCUAUCCUACACUACAGCUAACGAAGAAGGUCCGUCGUGGAUGAACCGUCUGCCCCGUGUGCAAUCCCUGGCCAAAGGGUCGAUGUCAUUCCGGAAGCCGGAUGAGGCAGAGGAAUCGUCUAACGAACCCGAGUAUCCCCCCGGAACCCUCCCACCUAUCGGCGUGCCGGGCAAUUUUCUGCGCCGGGUCCGGGAUGAGGAACCCGACGCGGCAGACGGUAAGCCGACCGGUCGACGGCGCCGUAGACGUCGCAGACACGACAACGGAGCCGGUGGCCCGAUCAGUCAGUCCGCUAUUAUGCCCAAACGUCCGGUGGAGACGGAGUCAGACGAAACAAAGGAGAAGGAAGAGGAAGCCGAGCGUGAUCGGAUCGAGCGCGAGUCAUCCCCGCCUUCCAAGGAGCGCGACCGGUUUGGACGCGAGCCUGCGAUCGAAGUGUAUCUGGAAGGGCAUAAUAUGAUCAUAGAAGACGAAGAGGGUAACGUUCUCAAGGUCGAAGACGUCAGUCACAUGCCCGCCGAAGAGCAGGCCCGUCAUGUGGAACAGCAGCGCCAGAAGGUACAACAAAACUCGGAUGAUUUCGCCCAGUCUCGCUCCCAGCCCCAUGGCCGGAAUGAAGGAGAGGAAAUCGAAGAGGCAGUUGCCGAGAAGACGGGUCUCACGCUGGACAAGGUCCGUAAGCGGUUUGGACAGUGGGCCGGAUUCGGACGCCGCCCCGAGGAGCAGCCGACCAACGAUGGCAAACAACCCACCGAGAAGAAGACCGACGAAGCCCCAAGGAAGUCCACCAAAGGCAAAGGUCGCUCAGCCCAUGCCUACCAAUUCGGAAACACCAUCAUUGUCGAGGACGAGGACGGCGAGGUGCUCACAAAGUAUUCCAUUCCUUCCGCGGAUAAGGAUGAGUCUGAUGCUCCGGUUCGACGUGGGUUGACGCGGAUGGGAACGUGGUUCGGCAUGGAAGAGGAGGGCGAGUCGUCGCAGGCAGCCCGCACGAAGAAGUCCGCUCAGGACGCAUGGUUGGCGGAUGAUGGUCUUAGAUUCACCCUGGCGGACGACAACGAUGUCAGCAAGCGCGGGGUCGAGCACAAGGGCCGCCGCAUGACGAAGCACGAGUUCGCCCAGCAGAUCCGGAAUCUCGGGCCCAAGGCGCGGCGUGAUGUGGUCGAGGAGACCGACGCGCCGGAGCGGGUCAAGGACGUGGCUCGCCAAGAAGCCAAGAAGGAGGACAUUAUCGAAGACCGGAAGAAAUCCGAACCAGCGGCCGCUGCUCGCCCAUCGGCGCCGGUACCAAUACAAUUGCCGGUAGACGAAUCCGGCUCGGAGAGCGAGUUCACGGACGAUGAAUCGGACUAUGAAAUGCCGGGCGACAUCGCCGCAUCGCUGGCGCGGUUCACGCGCGGCACGGCGGCGGAUGAGCGGCGCACGAACUUCAGCCCUCCCCCGGAGUCUCCUCCCAAGCCUUUCCUGCGCACGCGACGAGACUCCGACGACGACGGCACCGAACGUAUUCCGCCUUCUCAGCUGCGGGAAGCCGCUGGUCUCACACGUCCCCCGCAGCAAGCCGAUCUAGAUGACACUGGCGAAACGCCGGCGGAGCGACGACGUCGUCUUGCUGCGCUGGGCGAGUUCAACGAUUCGGAUGACUCGGACGAUCCAGACGCAGUGGUCGAGUCGGAUGACGAGGGCAGUGAUCCGGCGGGAGCGAAGGUCUCCUUUGCUGACGGCACAAAGCCCGCGGGCAGUCGACAGCAGUCGGUGACAGGCAACGGUACUGGAAAUGGCGAGGGACCAGAAAGCAGCUCGUCAUACUCCCGCCGCAGUCGCAGUCAGAGCCGUCGCAGUAUCUCAUGGGGAGGAGAGAAGGGUCGGGAGACGUGAUCACCCAUGAGAAGGAUGUCUGUCGCAAUGAGGGAUUUCACUCACACACCUAGAGAGAUGUCUGGCAGGAAAGAGGGGAAUCCCUCCCAAAAGAGGGGAUGUCUCGAAUAAGGGGUAAUAAAGGGUAUAAAAGGGGGGCGGUGAGCGAGCAUCACGUUCUGUUCUCACC